AUAUUUUACAGAAGAGGGAGAUUAUUUGUGCGUUGCACACGUAGGCGUGAUCAAUGCUGUGGGCUUUAUUUAUUUUUUGACUUCUUUAACUUGACUUGUGACUAAAACCACUUCAUAUUCAUUACUGGAAAGAUGAGCAGCCCUCCCAAAUUGACAACCAUACCUCACAUUGUAAAAGAGGAGGUCAUUGCGUCUGGGAAAUGGUUGAAACUUGAGAAGACCACCUAUGUGGACCCUGUUGGAAACACAAGAACUUGGGAGACUACGAAAAGGACAACCAGACAGGCCAAUGCAGCAGAUGGUGUGGGGAUCAUCGCCCUUCUGAAGAGGACCCUCCAUAAAGACUGCGUUGUCAUGGUGAAGCAGUUCCGUCCACCAAUAGGGUGCUGUACCCUAGAGUUCCCUGCAGGUCUGAUUGACGCGGAUGAGAGUGCAGAGAUUGCUGCUCUGCGAGAGCUGAAGGAGGAGACUGGUUACAAGGGGGAGGUGGUAGGAGUCACCCCAGUGACCUGCUUGGACCCUGGCCUCUCUAACUGCACCACACAGAUCGUCAUGGUUAACAUCAAUGGAGACGACCUCGAAAACACCAACCCCACACAGCAGCUGGGUGAUGGAGAAUUUGUUGAAGUUCUCCUUCUACCUCUUGAUGAAUUCCAGAGGGAAAUUGAUGACCUGAUGAAGAAGGAGAAGAUUGUGGUGGACUCUAAGGUUUACAUCUACGGCAUGGGGAUGUCCCAGGCCUUCUUUAAACCCAAUGAACUCCGAGUGCUCAAACAGUGAGAGAAGGGUGGAGAGAGUAGACUAGAUGGAUGGGAAUAGAGGGAGAGGGUAUUAGGCUUCCGACUCCUUUUGUUGUAGUCUCUCUGUAACACUACGAAUAUGGACUAACCCAGGGAUGAAACUGUCAACAGGGUGGCCAUUUUGUGGCUUUAAGCUGUCAUCUUGGGGAUCAGUCCAUGAGAUUUAUGGAGUGUUACCCUACAGCUUGUAUUAUCCAAGACCCACCGCCUUUAUCAGUAUCCUCUCUUUAUAUUGAGGUAUGCGCCAUACGUCCAUGCACCUUUACCUGUCUGAUAAUACACAUUUUUACACUGAUCGGAAUAGAAUUUCUAAAUGAUAACUGAUUACAUACUGGAACAUUCCCAACUUUCACUAACUCGACUGACUGAGCUUCACUGUAAAAUAACGUUUAAAAAGGUACUGUUAUAAUAACGUGCCUUGAAAGAUGUUACUCGCAACGGCAAUACUUUUGUGCAUGUCGGUGCAUUUAUGUUGACAUCCAUUAGUUCACACCAAUGCUCUGUUAGACCAAGGUAUAGGUGUAGAUGUCUCCUUACUGGUAUAAAGCUGACAUGCAGCUGAUCCUCACAUUUUAUUUAGCAAUUAACAGUAAUUGAAUUAACUUGAUGUCAAUAAACAUGUUAUUCUUAUA